UCCUGGCUGUCCACCGUAUCCUUGGACUCGGUUUCCCCUCCACUCUGGACCGAGUGACAGAGCCGCGUAGAGAGGGAGAGAACGAGCGGGCCUGUCCUCAGCGCAAUAGAGAAACUCGACCAAACCAGCCGAGCAGGAGAGAGAAGGAACAGAUUUCGAGCUGACAGGAGGGAUAAGAAAGCCAUGCACGUACUCGGUUUCCAGUGGAACGACGACUUUAGUCUGACGACCGCUUCCACCGAGCGAGGUUGACAAAUCUUCGACGUGUGUUCUUCACCCGUGUGUGUUCCCUCGUGCACUCGAAACCUUGAAUUUCCCGCGUUACCUUCCCCAUUCUCAUCUACCUCCAACCCCAUUCACCAGUGCUCUUACCGUUCUCCGUUAAUUCUGAAAAAGAUUCUUGAAAAGUGAUAGGUAAUAAAUGGUCCACUCUAUGGACCAUUGCUCUAAUGCUCUAUGGUACCAAGACGUCAAGCUUCGUCUUUUAACGAAAUCAUCGUCUUUUUUUUAAAAUACAUGGAAUCGACCGUAGCUCGCAAGACACUCUAGCUGCUAGAGUCUUGAUCCAGAGUCGGCCUCCAGGUGUUUGGAAACCGAUCGUGGCACGUGCCGCGGUAGGAAUUCGUGACUCGAAGAAAUAAUCGUCGACGUGUUCUGUGCAAUCGCGGUUAUUUUCGUGUCUGCGGAGAAAGAAAGAGAGAGAGAGAGAGAGCGCGCGAGGGAGAGAGAGAAAGAGAGAGAGAGAGAGAGCGAGAAAGAGAGAAAGGGGAGGGGGAGAAAGUGUUUACUCGUGACGAUACUCAGGUGGAUAGAAGGUAAUAUCCAGGGACGGAUCACAGAGGUUUGGAUGGUGUUUCGAGGAUCGAUUACGGGGAUGAGGGACUCGUGGGUGUCACAGAAUGACUCGUGCACGUUGUGAGGGAGUCCGGUGCGGUAACAUGCGCGAGAUCCUGCGUGCUUCCAGGGGCAGAUAGCUCGUUCUGUCGAGGAGAACAUCCCCAGGGAGAACAACAGCUGAAAGAACCCUAGAGGAUCCUGAAGGAUUGAGAGUCGCGCGGGACACCUCAGGCUGAAGGAAUUGAUCGUAGCCAUGAACCUCGCGCUGCAUGGAUUUUUGUUGCAAGUUUUAUUGUCGAUCCUCAACCUCCAGCAUGGCUCCUUGUUAUGCAGCGCGGGGGAACCUGGCUAUUUGGACUUCGACAACCUGCCAGAGACGAAUUUCUCGUGUCAGGGGAAGGUGAUCGGUGGAUAUUACGCGGAUGUUGAAGCCGGAUGUCAGAUGUUUCACGUUUGCACCAUCGGUCAAAAAGACGAGAUUAUGGACAUAAAGUUCCUCUGUCUGAAUGGAACCGUCUUCGAUCAGGAAACCAGGGUUUGCGAGAGAGUGGACGAGGUCGAUUGCAGCAAGAGCGAGCGAUUCUACAACUUGAACUUGGAACUCUAUGGAAAUAACGCAGUCACUCUCAGUUUACACGAAAAUAGCGAGGACGACAUCGAUCCAUCGGACCCCAUAGACGACCACCAACGCAGCACUUCAGCGAGACCAACUACAACAACCACAACGUCCACGACAACCUCGAAACCAAGUAAACCCUCCACUACGCCAUCCUCCGGUUCUUUUUCCCACCCCACGGGCUAUCCACAACACUUCCAGCCGCAACCACCAUUUCCUCAGGUUCACACGAGUCAAUCAAAGUCUCUCUACGAUGACAAAAAUAGCGGCUACCAUCACCAGUAUAUUUUCCACAAUGGAGAGAGGAACAAUAAUCAACAGGCGACUUCGUAUCAACUGUUUAGCAAUCAAGGAGUCAGUUCCACCACUGUUCAGCCACCUCAGGUGCAUCAGAUCAGAUUCAGUUCGACUGCAAGUCCACAGAUUAUUCACAACGAACCAUCGACGGCGUCGCCACUGUUUCACGCUACAUCUUCUACCAUUCAGACAUUGUUGAAUAGCAAUGGAAAUAGUCCAGCGUUGAUAAAUCCUAUCUUUCACAAUCAUGGGAUUGCUAGUACCACGGAGCAGUUUAUUCAUAGUAAUAAUCCUAGGGAGACUUCGGAUUACAGGGAGAGUGGGGUGCAGAGUAUCAGGCCGUUGGAGGUCGUUCAGUCGAGCAAUAAGGGACAGGUCUCAAAGUUAACGAUAUCCCCAGUGCCAACGCCGGAGCCCUCACGCUCAGUGCAAACGAAGACGAGCAGCCAGAGCUCCCAACAACCAAGGAUUUCAGGCAACUUCCUUCCCACCCCAUCUCCCGACGAAACUACAGUGAGAUCCUUCUAUCCAACCCCACGAACAUCUUCGAAACCUUCACAGACCUCUCAAUCCCCUAAUGAUCAAGUCACUCAGCACAUACACGUGCUACCGCCUGUGCAGAUCCCUCAACUAAAACCUCACCAAAUCACCAUCAACUUACCACCUCCAGAUCUUCAAAGAAUAGUUCAGAAUCCAUCAUCCUUGCUACCUUCUCAAUCUAGAGUAAUUGUAACAGCCAAAGCAAGUGUUAGCGACGAAUCUGGUAGACCAUUAAAUACAACGCAAUUAGUCACUCUUCCCUUGCCAACGAUCCCAGCCAGUUAUGAUGAUUAUAAGGAGGGAGACGAGUCCUUUGAUCCGUUCUAUAGAGACGUUCCUAAAAUCAGAAACAGCAGAAGAAUCUCUGAAGAAUCUAGAGGAGUUUUGAGAUCUAAAAGAUCUGUUAGUCAGACCAAGAAUUCCAUGGUUUCUUUUGUCUAUGCUGGGGAUUCUAAACGAAAACGUGAUGGGCAGGUGACAGGUGCGAAUAACAAAGAUGCAGAAAAUAGAAGUCAGGAUUUCACUUCCAUUAAGGAAAGUCUAAUGAGAUUUAGGGAUAUUCUCUUUGGAGAAGACUUCACUGAGGACACUAUAAGAAGUGUCUUUGAGGGAAGUAGGCUUCAAGGGCUUGGUUCUGAUAACGAGAAGAACAAUUCGAAGAGAGAUUCGUUAGAAGAUUUAGAAACAAAGGCUUCUAAAAAUUUUAAAGCGAGGGAUUAUGAAGAAGACGAUGUUAAAGAGAAGGAAGAUGAAGAGACGGAAGAUGAAGAGACGGAAGAUGAGGAGACGGAAGGUGAGGAGACGGAAGACGAAGGGACGGAAGACGAAGGGACGGAAGAUGAAGAGACGAAAAAUGAAGAGAAGGAAGAUGAAGAGAAGGAAGAUGAGGAAAGUAAAACUAAGCAGUCAGACGGAUUAGAAGUUCCUUUGGAAAUAGACACUAGGGAGUCUGAUGCUGAAGAAUACAUUGACACCGAUGAGGAAAAGGAUGCUAUGUCAAAUUUGAAGAAUGUUGAGUCAGAUUUGGAGGACAUCGAAGUGGAAACUCAUGAGGCUGAGAAAGAUGAAUAUGUAGAUUUUUCUGAUAUGAAAGAUAAGCCUAAUGAUGAAACUAAAUCAGACUCUAAACCAAGAAAGCCAGAAAAUACAUUAGAUGUUGUUAUUCUUGAUCCAGGCGAGUACAUGAAACUGAAAUCCAAGGAUGAAGAAGAAUUUUUAAAUACAACUGAAAAGGAGCAAGUUUCUACACAGACUCCAAUUCUGUCGUCGACUGAAGAAAUCACUGGAGCAACGACAGAAGGAGAUUCAAUGGAUAAACAGGAUUCUAAGAACUCAAAAGACCUUGAUGGUACUGUUGAAGAUAGUAAACAGUCUAAAUUGCAAGAAAGCGACAGUAGAAAGAUUCUAGAAGAAGAAAAAAAGGAAGAGAAGCCUAAUAUAGAACUCAAACCAAACACGAGAAGGAUAAGUUCCAAGGUCAGAGCCAGAGGAAAGAUUUCUUCCAAGAGAAAGGAAACCAAAAUUGAAAAUAACGAGCCUGUUGGAUUACUUGAUGAUAAAGUCCCUGAUCAAAAAGUAGAGACAACAACAACAAUAGUGAAUCCUGAGGCUGAGCAGAUUGACAAGCACAUAUUCAACGAACCAGAGUCACAGACCUCGAAAGACGUCGAUAUCAGAGCUGUGAAUAAUCAUGGAGGCAACUUGAAGAAACUUCAAACUGGUAAAGACCACAGUACAGGCAAAGACAAUCGGAAGAGUGAGGCUAACGAGUAUGAGACUCUAGAGAAACAACCUAGAACUUUGGGAAAGGAUGAAGAAAACGUCGAGAUUUUGGAAGGUGAGGAGAAAACAAUUGUUCCAAGCUUAGACGAAAAAGAAGUUGAAGAGAAAAGAAAGGUCGAGGAAGAGUUUGACGAAGAAGUGGAGCAGCCUGAAGCUCCUAAGGAAGAUCCUUCUGUAGAAGAAAUGAGCUAUUAUAAAGAAGAAUCUUCAAUAGAGCACGAAUCUAUGGAAGAUGAAUCAACCACAGUCUUUAGCAAUGAAGAUUCUCAGGAUGACCAGCAAGAAAUGGCUAAACAUUCUCGCAAAGGAAAGAUUAUGAAGUUUGAGAACUUUUCAAAAGAAGUGUCUUCUCAUAGGCAGGUUAAGAGCAGGAAAAAUGAAAAUGAGAAAGAGGAAGGAAAAGAAUCUCGUGAAUUUUCGACGAUGAAGAAUGAAGAGAUGAAUUCUGAGGAAGCUUCCAUGGAACAUUACGACUCUACCGAAGCAUUCUAUGAAAAUACUUAUGAAAUGAGUACGGACGAUGAGUACAACGAUCCUGGUAGCUCCGAAAACGUCACCAUUUCCUCAGAACAUGUGACUUCGGAACAUGUGACUUCUGAAGAAAUUCCAAGUUCUAAAGAAGAGACUCUUGAAGAACAUGAAGACGACGAAUCUGUUUUGAGUGACCAGGAAGAAAGUACGGAAGGAGUUCUUAAAUUCACUGAUGAGUUACCUAAAGAUAAAAAGGAGGACGUACUAGAAACGAAAGGACCCUCAGAAUCUGUCGAGAAUAUAGCUCACGAUUAUGUAGAUGACAAUUAUGAACCAGAUAACUAUAAAGAACACGGGUCUUCAGACUCUAACAGUCUAAGUGCAGAGAAAAUUCGUAAGGAAAUGUUGGCUGAUAAUAAGAUGGAGGACACCAAGAAAGAGAAUGAGGAAGACAAACUAGAAACUACCACAGAGCCUCAGAGAGAUCAGGAUGUGGAGACUGAGAGUCCAAAGGAGCCCAUUACGGAGAAGAUAGAUUUGCAGACGACAACAACCACUACAACUACAACAAGUGCUACUACGAGUACAAGUACUACAACUACCACUGCUCGUCCCAUGCCUCCAAAAUUGUUCAAGCCGAUCACUGCUAGAAAGAAUUACAAUUACAUUCCUCCAACGACGACUCCGAAUCCUGUAAUUAUUAAACCUAGAUUGAGUCUGUUGAAUCCCAAGCCAGCAAAGCCACCUAAAUCCUACAACGAGCUGGCACCCAAACCGGUGAUCAGGAAAUUCACUUUAUUAGCUCGGAAGCCAACUACUACUAUGGCUAUCACGACGAAUAUGGACGAGAAUUGGACCGAAACUGUGGAAACGAUGACAACAGAUGUAUCGACGACUACUACUGAAGCUAGCAGGAGCGAAGAGAAUAUAUUAGAGAGCAAAUUGAAGCCUCUAAACGAAUCAGAAGAGAAGGUGCAUGCUCCUACGAAGAGCAAAAACGACCAGGACUCCAGUCCAAGCGAACAGAAGUCACCAACAAACGUAAAACAAGAUCAAGAAGAAAAUUUUACGCCUUAUCCUGUUUCUAGGCUAUCAACUCUCGCCUCUAUUGUUGAGAAAUCCUUGAAGGAAACCGAGUCUACCAGCACAGUGUUUGAGAAAUCAACUAGUCCGAAGAGUUUCACCUUAGUGGACCUAGAAAUUGUUAGUACGACAACUUUACCGAUCGGUUUGACGUCCAUUGAGUCUGAUCAUCCUGAAGAAUCACCCUCGACUACUGUUAGGUCAACCAUAGAGGAAGAAACCACGCUUGCUUCGUCUACCAAAAUCAUGGAACGAAAUUUGGAGAGUAAAGCGACAGAGGGACCUGUCACUUUGACAGUUUCUGAGGCAAUCGCUAUUUCAGAAGUCACAACUAAGCGAACUGAAACGGUGGAAUCGACCACGAUGAGAUCUCUAAGUCGAAACUCAGCGAUGUUGAGGAGGCAGGGUGGUUUUAAUUGCUUGGAGAAGCAGAUGUAUCGUUUCUAUGGUGACAAUAGAGACUGCAGACUGUUUCACUAUUGCUCUCCUGGGUUCACUUCAAGGCAGGUACUUGAUUUUCGAUUCGUGUGUGAAGAAGGCACUAUGUUUGACGAGGAGAGCCAGAGCUGUCGUCACAACGCUAGGAAUAAGGAUUGUUUGAAAAGGGAGUGGUUGAAAGGAGAAUCAGGAUUUUGAUUUGUUUGUCCUCUCUUUGUGGCUGCUGGCAACGUUGAUUUUGGUAAUUGGUGAAUCCCCUCCCUUAGUGUAUAUUUAUGUAUAUUGUUAAUAGGUAAGAUUCCGGAGAAGAGGGCGGCGCCUCUUCCCCUCAGCAUUUGCCAUAAUCCCUGUACAUGACGAUGAUGGAUUCACACUUAUUAAAAUUAAUACGCUCGAGGUAGUUCGAACAAGCAGCUCACGGAGAAGAUAGAUUUUAAGGGAAUUUAUUGUUGGAAUGACAGUGCUAGAAAGUUGUUUUUAUGCGGUGAACGGUAACAUGAUUGUGUUUCCUUUCGUCGAAGUAAGUGAUGUACAGAGAGUAAAGAAUAGAGAGUGAGGAAAUGUACUCUGAAGUAGCCUUCAGCAACCAAUCGAUUGAUUCAAUAUUAGUUAUAGCUUCGUCGAUAAAGCAGGUUAGUUCAUCGAUAAAGCAGAACAGUCAUUGAUGAUCGAUAAAGUAAAUCAACUGAUUGAUAAAGUAGAACUGUUUGGUUGAUACAUACUUGGGCAGAUAGCAAAGCUUCCAAAAAAACCAUAUGUAAACUAGAAAUUAAGAACACUGCUGUGUCCAAAUACUAAAUUGUAUAAAUAACCAUAGUUUGCACUGUCAUUAACCAACACGAAAACACGAGCAAGUUUCCUAAAUAUCUUCGUUCAGAGAAAAAUAUUGGAAUCUUGCUCGUAUCAAUUUAUAGAACUUGAUAGUCAGACAACAGCCCCUGUCGACUUCCUUUAGUCAAAAGAGAGAAUCACGUCUGUUCCUACGUUGCAUCGAUGGUUUUCACGAUACAGUCAUCGAUGGAGUAUUCCCUCUAGCGAUACAGCAAUAAAUCUAACGCGCAUUGCUCAACAAAUUACGAACGAAUGUUCGUAUCAGCUGGCUAGAUGCAACUGCAUGAGUAGAUUAACAAGGAUGUACAGUAACAAAUAAAGAAAAGAAUUUUGAGAAAUACUCGAAUCGUCAUGUCGAUAAAAUAAUUUCUUAGAAAGAUCGACGUGUUUUUGCGAAUUUAUUUAAAUCCGUAGAUCCAUCGAUUUUCGUUCUCAUUAGCAGAAAUAUGGUCCCUUGAGCCGAAAUUCCUAAUGCUAGUAAAUAGACUGAGGAUUUUUAUGCAUUUAUUCGAAAUUUAAAGAUACGAAAAUAUACGAAUAAUCAACCGUUUAAAUACUUUUAUUUAAAUAUUAAAUAUCAUGUACAUUCUAUGUACAUUUCCAGCUCUGUUUCAAACUUCUCCGAUAUAAUCCAAUAUAACGAAAUUUCGAAAUAUUUUGUAUCACACAUACAAUAUAUUCAUAAAAGGUUUUUUUAUAACUGAUCGAAUACAUUCAUGAGCUAUUCUUUUAGUUCAUUAGAAUGUCGUAGAAUGAAUUGGCGUAAAUAUCCACAGUCUACAAAUAAAUGUAUAAAUAGACUUCGCAUACACAUAUGUAUAU